AUGCCUCGACUAAGUCUGACCACAGUGCCGGGAUAUUUCAAGCAGGAUGAUCCUUCGACUGACCCCAAGACAUUUGACUAUGCGUGUGAAAACUUCGGCAUUAUUGAUCGCCAGUACAGCGAUGAUCAAUUAAUUAGCCCAGAAGAUAGCGUGUGGCAGCGCUUCCAAAACCAUGUUGACCACCUAAACUCCACUGAUGGUGCACGGUUCAAAGUUUUGUUCCUCGGACGCCACGGCGAGGGAGUCCAUAAUGUUGCUGAGGCUCGCUAUGGCACAAAGCUGUGGGAUGAAUACUGGUCCCUCCAAGACGGAGACUCACAUGGACAGUGGGUUGAUGCCCGCCUCACCCAGAAAGGAAUUGAGCAGGCAAGAGUGGCACACGAUGCCUGGGUAGAUCAACUCCAGACAGGAAUUCCACCACCUCAAUCCUUCUACGUCAGUCCUCUGAAUCGGUGCCUUCAAACCGCCCAUGUUACAUUCAAUGGCCUCCCCAUUGCCAAAACUACUCCAUUCAGGCCUGUUAUCAAAGAAUUACUCCGUGAGACGAUGGGCGAGCACACCUGUGACCGUCGCUCCAGUGCGACGGAUAUCGCCUCAGAAUACCCGCAUUAUCGAUUCGAGGCUGGUUUCGAAGAGGACGACUUGCUCUGGGAUCCCAAGAUUCGGGAAUCGGACCAUCAUCGAAACAAGCGUCUAAGAAAUUUGCUUGAAGACAUCUUCUCUACUGAUGAAAGCACCUACCUGUCAUUGACAGCUCACUCUGGAGCCAUCACCAGCAUUCUGGAGGUAUUGGGUCACCGAAAGUUUGCCUUGGCGACUGGUGCUGUGAUUCCGGUGCUGGUGAGGGCGGAAAAUAUUGAUGAUGCUGAGAUAUCUACUGCAAAUGGACAAUGA